AUGUUUUAUGAAAUUGACAAGGGAAAUUCAAAAGCCGCCAUUACUGUGAUGUUUUCUUUUUCUGCUUGUGGGCGAAUUGUUCCACCGAUGUUAAUCUAUCCGUACCAUAGAUUACCAUCAACAAUUGUAAAUUCUGUACCAGACUCUUGGGGUAUUGGUCAUUCGAACACUGGAUGGAUGAAAUCCGAAGUCUUUUAUGAGUACAUCGGUAAUGUUUUUAAUGCACACCUUGAAAAAAACAAUAUCACACGGCCAGUUAUCCUUUUUGUAGAUGGGCAUAAGAGCCAUCUUUCCUAUCAGCUAAGCCAACUGUGUUCUGAGUUGCAAAUAAUACUGAUAGCCCUAUACCCAAACGCUACCAGAAUAAUGCAGCCAGCAGAUGUUGCUGCAUUUAGACCAAUCAAGUCAGGCUGGAAAAAGGCAGUGUUUAAUUGGCGUAGUAACCACCCGACAGACGCUUUAACUAAGGAGAAUGUUGCACCAAUCCUGAAACAUGUAGUGGACGAGGUCAAGCCUCAAACACUUACUAACGGAUUUAGAGCCUGUGGCUUGUUUCCUUGGAACUGCAACUCAAUUGACUAUACAAAGUGUCUUGGUAAAACCCAAAUGAAAAUUGUACCAUUAAGCGGUAAAGAUGUAGUUACCUUGGAUCAAUUCGAAGGGAUUGUAGGAGACGAAAUGAUAGAAAAAUUCCGCAAUAUAGAGAAAGUUGUGUCGGAAAAUAAUGAACCUCCACUGUUUUUCACACUAUAUCGAGUGUGGGAGGAGUUUUCCAGAAAUAAGCAACCUCAAAAAUUUGGUUCGCCACAUGCUGUCAUGGAACUAAAUCCACACUCUCCAAAAACUGUCACUGAUGUAUGUGUGCCAGAUAGGCCUAUUGUCAAAGAUGCCACACAACUGAUGUUACAAAAACAACAAAACUAUGAUCCUGAAAUUAAUUUACCUGCACCAGAUGUCAGUGCCAAUGCAUUAAAAAAUGACACCACAUAUCUUCAACAAUCAAAAUGUGAAACAAUGUACAACAAUGUAAAUGUAAAACUUGACCAUAACUAUACAACACCCGAGAAAAAGUUAAGUGAAGGUUCACGUGUUGCGCUACAUGCUUCACAAGGCAUUGCCCAAGCAUCUGGAAGCAGUGGUCCAGCUUUGGCUGAUGUUCUCGUGUGGCCCGAAACUCCAACCAGAAAAGGCAAAAGAAAAACAGAAAGAGUACCUUACGUUGUUUCUUCGAAGAAAUGGAAAAUAAUUUAUGAAGAAAAGGAAGAAAAAAAGGCAAAAGAAGAAAGAGCCAAGGCAGAAAGGAAAAGACUACGAGAAGAAAAGAAGUUAAGUAAAGCCCAGAAAGGAAACUCUACUAAACAACAUAGUAAGAUUUCUGUUAAGAAGAAAAAUUAUGAAGAUCAAUUAUGUGGGAAAGUCAAAGUUGAAAAGUCAAUUGAUGUUGAUAACGGACCGUCUGUAUCACAUAAGCCUAAGUCUGUGGGGAAAAAGUUGUUUCCUGUAACAAAAAAUGGAUUGUGCUACAGUUGUGGGACUAACUUCAAAGACGAAGAAGUCUCCCAACCUGUUGAAUGUGACAUGUGUGAUAGACUGUAUCAUAUAAAAUGUAUACAAAACAGAGAGGACCUUGAUCAACAUGAUCCUGUGUUUGUAUGCAACAUAUGUUUGGACUUUGGAAAUGAAAUUGCCAACGAAUUAAACAUUUAAUGGUUUUAUUAAGAUGUUGUAGAAGGGCAAACUAUUAUUGUCUAGUUUAUUUGAAUUUUAACGUCACAAUAUAGGCUAUAGAAGUAAUAUUUUUUUUAAACUUUCUACUUAUGCAAUCAUAAUUAUUGUAUUCAAUAGUUGUAUAUACACAUUAUACAUUUUAGAGUAAGUUGUGUGCAUGAUUUCAUUGCCUCACUCUUAUUUUAGCAAAAUAUGAAAGUGUGCCAAUGACUGUCAAACAGAAUGCCAAUAACUGUGAAUUAGGUGCCAAUCACUAUAAUUAUGUAACAUAAUAACAAAAUAAAUAUUUCCACUUCCACAUAACAUAAAUAUUUACUUUUUAAAUUUAUUGUGAAUGUAAAAAGAAAGUAUAAAGCCAAAAACCAAUCAAUAUUAACAAAAUAUAUGUUUUCAUGUGUCUGAGAACAAAAUAUUGAACAGACGUAAGGAAUAGCAUCUUAAAGUGCCAAUGACUGUAUA